AUGGAUUCUGGCGACUCCAGCGACAAUGUGCUCAAGUUCCUGCUACAAGCUGAUCCGGGCAUCCGUGUACUCUUCCUGGGCACCUUGUUUGCCACAAAGUGUGUAGCCUGGUCUGGUCUUGUGCUGGCGGCUGCUGCAGCGCGACCCCGCUACCUGCCAUUCCUUUAUGGAGGUGCCGGUGGGCGUGUUUUGACGCGCUUCGAGCAUCACUUUCCCAAAGCCACUUUGCGCAUCCAAGCCCUUUCAGCUCGUGCCGCUUCCUCACGUUCAGCUCAGCUACUGGCGCGUGCCACAGGGGCCGACCCGGCAGAUCUAGCGCCAGCAGCAGCAGAGGUGCGGCGGUUGCAUUUGCUGUGUUCUCAUGUGUUGUCAAGCUUGAAGCAGUUGGUUUCACAAGCAGCGGGCUAA